AGCCCAGAGAGGGUUACGUGGAGCUCUCAUGUUUGUCUUGUUCCUUUUCUAACCCCGAAGGAGGAUCUCCUUUUAAACCCACCCCCCAACGACGCUCACGGCGGACUCCCCCAAAAACCCUUCCCGUAAGCCUUCUCCAGAUCUCUGCAACAAUGGUGUUUAGGGCUCCGAAUUGGAUCCUCUUCGCUCUCGUCGCCCUCUCUCUGUGCGCGGCGGUCGCCUUCGCCGAUGCCGAUGCCGAUGACGGCUCCGAGUCGAAGGAGUUCGUGCUCACACUGGAUCACUCCAACUUCUCCGACGUAGUCGGCAAGCAUGACUUCAUCGUCGUCGAGUUCUACGCCCCGUGGUGUGGCCACUGCAAGAAACUUGCUCCAGAGUAUGAGAAGGCUGCAUCAAUAUUGAGUAGCCAUGACCCCCCUAUUGCUCUAGCAAAAGUUGAUGCCAAUGAAGAAGCAAACAGAGAGCUUGCUACUGAGCAUGAAGUUAAGGGAUUCCCCACCCUUAAAAUCUUCAGGAAAGGAGGCAAGGCUGUUCAGGAGUACAAGGGUCCGCGUGAGGCAGAAGGCAUUGUUUCUUAUUUAAAGAAACAAAGUGGUCCUGCUUCUGCUGAAAUAAAAUCCGUAGAUGAUGCUAGCAAUCUCAUUGGGGAGAAGUCUAUUGUCGUUGUUGGAGUGUUCCCCAAAUUUUCUGGUGAAGAGUAUGAGAAUUUCACAGCUUUGGCUGAGAAAUUGCGUUCUGACUACGAGUUUGGCCAUACUUUGGAUGCGAAGCUCCUUCCACGCGGAGAAUCAUCUGUUGCAGGACCAGUUGUGAGGCUUUUCAAGCCAUUUGAUGAGCUCUUUGUUGAUUUUAAGGAUUUUCACGUUGAUGCCUUGGAGAAGUUUGUUGAAGAAUCUAGUGUGCCGGUGGUCACUGUCUUUAACAAUGAUCCCAGCAAUCACCCUUUUGUGAUCAAGUUUUUCAAUAAUGUUAAUGCUAAGGCGAUGCUAUUUAUGAACUUCACCAAUGAAUUAGCUGAAUCUUUUAAGUCCAAAUACCGCGAUGUCGCUGAGCAAUUUAAAGGAGAGGGUAUAAGCUUUUUGUUGGGAGACCUUGAUGCCAGUCAGGGGGCCUUUCAGUAUUUUGGACUUAAGGAGGAUCAAGUGCCUCUCAUCAUCAUUCAGACUACUGAUGGACAGAAGUACUUGAAAGCAAAUGUGGAGCCUGAUCACAUUGCUCCAUGGGUCAAAGAUUACAAGGCCGGCAAUGUGCCACCAUACAGGAAGUCUGAACCCAUUCCCCAAGAUAACAGUGAGCCGGUGAAAGUAGUUGUUGCAGACACCCUGCAAGACACGGUGUUCAACUCUGGGAAAAAUGUUCUUCUCGAGUUCUACGCCCCUUGGUGUGGACACUGCAAAAAAUUGGCUCCAAUAUUGGAUGAAGUUGCUCUGUCUUAUGAAAGCGAUGCUGAUGUUGUUAUUGCAAAGUUGGAUGCCACAGCCAAUGACAUCCCGAAUGAUCCGUUCGAUGUCAAGGGAUACCCAACUAUAUACUUCAGGUCUGCAAGUGGGAAGAUAGUGUCAUAUGAAGGUGACAGGACCAAGGAGGAUAUCAUUGACUUUAUCGAGAAGAACCGUGAUAAAGCUGGUGAUGCCACCACUGAGGAAGAAGAAAAGAAAGAUGAACUAUAAGUAAAGGAUGAGCUGCCAUAGGACACUGAGUAUACUCAGCUCCAUGCUUGUCCAAUGUAGGGAGUUGUAAUACUUGAGGACACUGCAAAAUCAGAAGUCAACUCCCCUCCUCCAAGUCCCCAGUUUCUUUUUUUCUUCCCAUCUUCUCAUGCUUAGUUCGUUUUGUUUUCCUUUUUCAAAUAAAACAGGAGGGGCUUUAGGUAUCUGUAGAGGAGACAUGUUUACAUUUCUCGGCAUAGUGUUAGGAAUUAGGGUAUAAGAUGUAUGACAGUGAUGAGCAUCUUUAAUUUAAAGAGUUUCUAUCUAUGCGGUUUGAAGCUUUUGGCCACAUGCCGUUCA